AUGAUGCCUCUCCCUGGUUCCCAAAAGUCUCUUCAAUCCAUGAAUCGCCCGUUGAGAUUGAGGGUAGGGGAGAGGAGGACGAGCUUGCUGCGCCAGAAGCUCCUGACGGCCCCAUCAUCUUACCCUUCCCAAAGAAAAAUGGCUGCUAGAAUAAAAUCUCCGCAACACCACCCGAGCCGACUAAAGAGGAAGUGGACUACCCAGGAAAGGCAAUCGAUAGGCGAGAGUGACCGACCUGUACCCAAGAGACAAAGUUCGAAGAUCGAAAGUCAAACUGGGAAGGAACUGUUCUCGAAUCUUGAAGCGAAGAAAGAAGAGUUUCCAAUUGACUAG